AUAAAGCUAUGCAUGUGCUUGCACCAGGAUCCAGCAUUAUUAUAAACCACCAAGAAGAUUCUUGCUGUUCAUCACUGAAACAUGACAACGUGACAUCUCACCGGGAAGAUAGCCAGCGCACCAGUGUAACACGCUAAGAGUUAGACAGCUAUAAUGUUUUAAUCACUACGCUGCUCCCAGAUCAAGAACCUUGAUCGGCAGCAUCUAGAAUACAAAAUUUCAUGAUUCCCUUUGUCUACCAUUGAAACUAUGCUGCAUCACAUCCAUCCUCUGUAUAUAUAGGUCUCAAGACAAGACUAUACACAUCAAGACAACACUUGCUCUUUCCUCCUAAAGUCCUCACUCCUUCCAACUCAAUACAGAGAUUAGUUUCCGAAGCAGAUAUGGCUUUUGCUCUAAGAUCAAUAAGCUUGCCUUCAAGGCAUCACACCACUGAGGCGGAAGUACAAGAAGAUCUGCACAGCCUAGAGACAAGUGUCUCUUCAUCCGUCACCAUCGAGACGAUGUGCGAUGGCCUGCGGAGGCUUGGAGACAUCUACGGUGCUGUUGAGGAGAUCAUCCAGUUGCCAAGCAACCAAGUCUGUUCCUCCCAGCAGAGGAAGAUAUUGGAUGGAGAGACGGAAUAUUCUCUCGAGCUUCUGGAUCUCUGCAACAACAUGCAAGAGAUCUUCGUUGAGCUCAAGGCCAUUAUCCAAGAGCUGCAAGUGGCUCUAAGAAAAGGAGAUGAUGCAACCAUCCAAGCCAAGAUCCAGUCUUACAUCAGACUGGUGAAGAAGGCUGGUAAACAAUUCAAGAAGACUACCAGGAAGGCGACUUCGGACAAGAUGGAUAGCGGAAUGGUCAGUCUAUUGACCAACGCAAGGGAGAUGACUAUCUCUCUACUUGAGUCCGUGGUGCACCUUUUGUCGAAGCAAAUCGAAGUGCCUAAACAGUCCCUAGUUUCCAAGGUAUUUCACAAGAAAAAAGCUGUUGUUUGUGAGGAGCAAUUGCAGGACUUAGAGUGCAGUAUCAGGGAUCUUGAGAGUGGAGCAGGGCACCUGUUCCGGAAAUUAAUCCAGAGCAGAGUUUCCCUCCUAAACAUACUUAGCUCAUAGAUCUCCAGGAGCUUUGUCACUCAUAUCAUGUUAUUGGCAUCCGAUUUUUUGAGGACUAGCCAAUCUCACAUUUUCCCCAGAUGUAUAUACAAUACAGAUGUACAAAAAAUUACAGAAACAAAUCCCAAAUUUUGAUCUAUUUCGUGCCCGCAAUAUAUUUUUGUGAUGUCAUAAUAGUUUGGUUGAGAUCCUUAUUUGCCAGAUCUUGUUUUGUGUACAUGAAGUGUCGCUGUUAUUUGUUUUUUGUUGUGUAAGAACAGAUACAUAUGUGAAAAUUACAAAUUACUGCAGCAAAAACUAAAUCUCCAUUUUGAAAUCAAUAUCUGGGUAUUGAAGCUAUCUAAAAUAAUUUCAUCUCUCCUUGAUAAAAACAAUCCUUAGUUUUUAAAAUGGUGUAAUUUGA